GGAAAAGAUUUUUCGGAAGCGGCCCCCUGCCCCUCUCUCUUCGCUAAUCGCCCCUCAAAAACUCGAAUAAUUCAAAAUCCCAAUAUCGUCUCUCCCUCCGCUUAUGGGUAUGGCCUUUCAUGUAGCUUGCCCAAUUACAUGUCGCCGAAUCUGCUACUGCUCCCUAGGGUUUCCCCGCGGCCUCCGCCAGGACGAUGGGUUCGUGCGCGAGAUCCUGCAGCUCCAGGAGUUCCUGGUCGAUCCGUGGGGGAUUAGGGCUCGGGACGCCGCCGGUACCCUCCAGGUCGCCGUUCCCAAGGUACUCCCGCCUCCCCCGCCUCCCCCGCAACCCGCGGCCCUCGCCGAUGCGCUCGGGAUCGUCGCCGUCGGUGGCGGUGCUGGCGCUGGCGCCGGGGCCGGGGGGGCCGGGGCUGAUGGAGCGGCGGACGAUGCGUUGGCCGCCGUGUCGGCGCAGGCGAAGCGUGCCGCGCUGCAGAAGAAGGCCGCCGCCGCCAUGGUCGCGGCCGAGGACUAUGCUCGGCGAUUUGAGUCUGGUGACGUUGCGGACGCCUCUGUAGACGUUGUCGGAGAAGACCAUGGUCAAGGCCAAGGUCAUUCCAACUCGAAAAUAUUGUGCCGGAUGUGCCUUUUUGGGGAAAAUGAAGGGAGUGAGAGAGCAAAGAAGAUGCUUUCGUGCAAAAGUUGUGGCAAGAAGUACCACAGGAGCUGCAUUAAAAGCUGGGCUCAGAACAGGGAUCUUUUUCACUGGAGUUCAUGGACCUGUCCCUCUUGCCGAAUUUGUGAGAUAUGCCGAAGAGCAGGGGAUCCUAAAAAAUUCAUGUUUUGCAAGAGGUGUGAUGGUGCAUAUCACUGUUACUGCCAGCAUCCCCCGCACAAGAACGUCAGUUCUGGACCUUAUCUGUGCCCCAAACAUACAAGGUGCCAUAGUUGUGGAUCCAAUGUCCCAGGAAAUGGCUUGAGUGUGAGGUGGUUUCUGGGAUAUACUUGCUGUGAUGCAUGUGGAAGAUUGUUUGUCAAGGGGAACUAUUGCCCCGUUUGUUUGAAGGUUUAUAGAGAUUCUGAGUCAACGCCAAUGGUCUGUUGUGAUAAUUGCCAGCGUUGGGUUCACACUCAUUGUGAUGGCAUCAGCGACGAUAAGUAUCUACAUUUUCAAGUGGAUGGAAAUCUCCAGUACAUAUGUCCCACAUGCCGUGGAGAGUGUUACCAGGUCAAGGAUCUUGAGGAUGCUGUUCAAGAGCUUUGGAGGAGGAAAGACUUUGCCGAUAGAGAUCUUAUUGCUAGUUUGCGGGCUGCUGCUGGAUUGCCUACUCAGGAAGAAAUCUUCUCUAUUUCACCUUACUCGGAUGAUGAAGAAAGUGGUCCCACUGUUUUUAAAAGUGAAUAUGGACGGUCCUUGAAGUUUUCUCUUAAAGGUUUAAAUGAGAAAUCGCCAAAAAAACCAAAGGAACAUGGGAAGAAACCUAGCAAGAAGAAUAUUAAGAAAAAGCCGCAUCCAGAAUCUUCUGCUGGGACUCUGCAACCACAUCAAGAUUUUGAGCCGCAUCCUGAUGUUCAAUCGCUUGCCCAUAACUCUAACAAGGACAAGAAUGACGGUAUACAUUCCGAAUGCAGAGGAGUAUUUACUUCUCCCAAUGCUAGAAGCUCGAGCCAUGCUGAGGGAAUAUGCUCCAUCAAUGAGCCAGGCGUAUUAAAACACAAGUUCAUUGAAGAAGUUACUGCUGGCACUGAAGAGAAGAAACCACGAGUUCUUCAUAUUAAGAGCAGCAAUCCUCAGGAUUUAGCUGGCGGAGUUGAUUCUGGACAGCAUGCUAGCAAGUCAAAGAAUGUAAAUGAAAAAAAGUUGGUCAUACACUUGGGUGCUCGAAAUCGAAAUGCUACUAAUUCGCCCCGAUCCGAUGCUUCCAGCUGCCAAAGAGAACAAGAUAUCUUGACUUCCAAUGGCAGUGAACACACGAGCCAUCAGAGACUUACUGAUAAAUCUUUGGCAGAUAGGAAUGACAGCACUGGAGAAAUGUCUGAUUUUUUGGGCCAAUCAAAGGUUGUCAAGUCGGGGGUAAAAGAAGGCAAUCUCAUCAAGUUUGGGAAAAUAAGAUCAGAAGUUCAUGACAUAAAUCCAAGAUUGGGCAGUAAUGCUGAUAGAGUUGGAAUUAAGCCUCCAGAGCACACUCGUCUUGUAUUCAGAAGAAGAAAUGCAGAAGGAAGCGUUCCUGCAUCUGAAGCUGCUGGUAAAAUGCAAAUGUCUAGACACGAGAAAGUAUCUUUGGAAAAGCAAAGGGAUGGCAGGCCUGAUAUGAACAUUGAAAGCAAUAGCGACCAUGUUCAUACACCCUUGUCACAAUCCUUGCCAAACGAUUCUAAGCCAUUGCUGAAGCUUAAGUUUAAGAAUAUCAAUCGUGAAAAUCCACCCUCCCAACUAUCCCUCUGGGAUGAAGAGAAGAGUUCCAUCAAGGGCCAAAGGUCAAAAAGAAAGAGACCAUCACCAUUUAUGGCCAAAGCCUCUAAUGAUGGAGAUGAAGAUGUUAAUCGGCUGCAUCAAGACAACCUACGGGAUGAGAUCAUGGAUGCUAAUUGGAUUUUGAAAAAAUUGGGCAAAGAUGCAAUUGGAAAGAGAGUUGAGGUCCAUCAGCCAUCUGACAAUUCUUGGCAUAAGGGCAUGGUAACCAAUAUUAUUGAAGGGACAUCUACGUUGUCUGUUGAUCUGGAUGAUGGAAGAGUGAAGACUGUGGAACUUGAGAAGCAUGGCGUGCGUUUUGUUUCUCAAAAGAGAAAGAGGUCGAAGACGUGAUUGGAAUCGUGAAGAAAGUCAAAGAAAUGAAUGUGAAAUUCUUUGUGAUGGUGCGAACUUCUCAUCCUGGAUUUUGACGAUACAGCCCCAAAGAUGUUCUUUGUUGAUUAAAGCACCAAGAUGAAGUGUUAUUCCCUUGUUAGAGAAAGGCCGUCCCGAGCUUGAGGAUUUGAUUUCUCUGUGGAGCAUUGUUUGCUUGUGGCCUGGUUCUUUCCUCAGGAGCUAAUAGCCUUCUGCAAAGGUCUUUCCAUUUUUUCUCUUAUUCCCAAUUGACAAUUUUAGGUCAGCUUUCGGCUUCUUCUAGGUUUUAAUUUGAAUUUUGUAGUUAGGUAUCUGUCCAAUGUAACCAAGUAGGCGGUUAGGCAAGGAAAGUCUUGGUAUUUUUUUUUUCCGGGGGGGGGGGGGGGCGUCGCGGGGGGUGGUGGUAUGGUCAUUGUAGUUAGAGUAUGGUGUGUUGUUACCAUUUCUCUAUGGCAGAUUGAGAAGGCUUGAUUUGUUGGUUUCAAAAGUAGAUAAUUCUGAAGGCCGGAGCUGCGAUCGCGCUGGUCAAGCAUGUAAUUUCCCAUUCUUUGAACUCUCAUGCCUUCAGAUUGCUGUAACGAUCGACCUUUUGGCUGUAGAGCUUAUCCCUUC